AAUUGAUAGCUCAUAAAUUGAUAGGAUCCAAAUAAUCUACAAUCUCCAAGAUUUCUACUGUAAUCAAUCAAUCAAUCAAUCAAUCAAAUCGACGGAAAACAAAUUCAUCUCGUGACCAUCCUCAAACCAGCUGACCACUUUCCAUCUUUUACCUUGGUUACCAUCUCUUUCCUUUCUCUUUAUCUCUCAAUAGAAUCUCAAUCUUUUUGCACAGUUUGAUAAUAGAAAAUAUCAUUCACAAGAAAUGGCUUUGAACUUUUGUAGAAUCGAUCGUUGCUUAUUAUCAAUUUAUCAAUCAAUCUCUUGUUGUUCAUCAGAUUCAAAAAUCAGAUUACCAGAUGAUGAUGAUGAUGAUGAUAAUCAAAAUCAAGGCACAGAAGUCAUCUCACAUUCUAAAUUACCAUCUCAUUCAAGUUUUAUAAAUUUUUUAGUAUCUCAUCCAGAAUACCAAUCUAAAUAUCUAGACAAUCUAAGAUCAAAAGAAUUCAAACGAUUAGAUUCACCCAAUAAUCGAUCGAUUUAUUUAGAUUAUACCGGUGGUGGUUUAUACCCCGAUUCGGUUGUGAAAUUUUAUGCUGAUCAACUUUCGAAAAAUGUUUAUGGAAAUCCUCAUUCGACUAAUCCUUCAAGUCAAUUAAGUACUCGAUGUACUCAUCAAGCUAAGAUGGCCGUAUUGGAUUUCGUGGAUGCUGAUCCUGAAGUUUAUGAUUUGAUUUGGACUUCUAAUGCUACUGGUUCUAUGAGAAUCUUGGCUGAAGGGUUCGAUUUUAAACCGAAUCAGAAGUUAAUAUUGGGAGCUGAUUGUCAUAAUAGUGCAAAUGGGAUGAGGGAAUUUGCAAGGAGAGGUGGAGCAACGGUUGAAUAUAUUGAUUUGCCAAAAGAUUGUAGAGGUUUGAGACCAAACUUGGAACAAUUGAAGGUUCAAUUCAAUUCAGCCAUUCCAAACCCAGGUUUAUUUGUUACAACUGCUCAAAGCAAUAUCACCGGACUCAAAGCCCCAAUCCACGAUUUAAUCCCACUCGCAUCUUCAUCCGGUUACACAACAUUCCUGGAUGCAGCCGCUCUUUUACCCACGACUAAACUCUCGCUACGUUCCUUGAAUGGUUCACUUGACGCAUUAGGUUUGAGUCUUUAUAAAAUCAUUGGUUUACCUACUGGUGUAGGUGCAUUGAUCAUCAAGAAGACAUUAUUGAAAUCGUUAUACAAACCAUGGUUCUGUGGUGGAACCGUUCAACUUGUUCAAGCUCCUGGUGAAGCAUUAACCAUGGAACAAGGAUCCGCAAGAUUUGAAGAUGGAACGACAGAUUAUUUAUCGAUGAUUGGAAUUCCAAAAGCGCUUUCGAUCAUAGACAAAGCUUUGAGUGAUCAACAACUUGGGAAAAGGUUAUCUGCUUUGACGUAUUGGACUGUACAUCAGAUGGAUCAAUUAAGACAUGAGAAAAACUCUAGUCGGUUUAUUUUGGUUAGAAGUCCUAGUGUUUCUUUAAGUAAGAAAGAAAUGUAUGAACUGCAUGGAGCUUUGAUUGCUUUUGAAGUCAUGGAUUCUAUGGGUGAUUUUGUGAGUUGUGAAGUGAUUGAAUAUGCUGCUUCGCUGAAAGGUAUCAGUUUAAGAGCUGGUUGUAUGUGUAAUCCUGGUGGAGCGGCUAGUAUUAUGGGAAUGCAAGAUAUGAUGUCAGAGUUAAAGAGUGGUGAAACCAAGAAAGACAUUCAAACUAAGUGGGGAGUCAGAGCAGCCGGAGUUACAAGAGUUUCGUUUGGAUUAGCUUCAAAUUUUGAAGAUGCUUGGUUCUUAAUUGAGUUUUUGAAAAGUUUGAGAUCUGAGGAAGUCUUAAGGAAAGCUAUUGAAGGGUUUUAUAAUAAGCCUAGAGACGUUUCUGCUUGCUGAUCUAUGCCGACAUAUGUUUCUUCAAGCUUUGUAUUUUUUUUGAUUGUCCCUAUCAUGUUGACGUUGUGUGUUUAACUGUGAUCUUGUUGAUAUUUGAUUUUUGAAUUGUGUUUUUUCCUUUUGCUUUGGUUACUUGUUUUUUGAUCGGAAUUUCAUGAAUGAGUAUUAUCUCGAACUUUAUAAUGUGUC